AUCUGGACAGCGGUCAAGGAGGGAUGGGGAGGAGUCUAGCGGGAGCAUCCUUCGCAAACAGCUUGAGGCUACUGACGCCGGGGCGCUUUCCCCGAUCACAAACUUGAAUAUGGGAGAAGACUAGCCGGAGCGCCCCAACUUCUACACGGAUGCCAGUUUAAGUGGCCAAGAGGCGCGCGCGCAAAAGUUUCAGGGAAGCCAACCAAGUUCGAUUUUUGCACCAUAGAGAGAGAUGGGAAAUUUUAAAGGCCAUGCUCUUCCGGGGAGUUUUUUUCUCCUGUUUGGCUUGUGGUGGUCUGUGAAGUAUCCCUUGAAGUACCUGUGUCGAAAGAAAAAGAACACUUCUCCCCUUGGUUCCAAAGCAGGAUUUCAGCGCUUAGAAUUUACAGAGGGCAUAAUCAAAGCUACAUUUGCUCUUAUUGGUAUGAUAGCUGAGCAGUUUGUUCCUGAUGGACCUCACCUGAAGCUAUAUAAUUAUGAAAAGAAACAAUGGGAUCACCUCAUGAACUGGCAGCAUGCUACCAUGUAUCUCUUCUAUGGCAUCUCAGGGCUGGUAGACAUUGUGGCUCAUAGCACUAAUGUGUUACCAGUGGCCAUGGACCGGAUGAUGCUUUCGCUAGCAGUUUUUGUGGAAGGUUUUCUGUUUUAUUACCAUAUUCAUGGGCGAGCCAUGUUGGAUCUCCAUGUUCAUCAGUUACUCUUAGUAGCCAUCUUUGGAGCAGCAAUCUGCAUAUUCCUGGAAAUCUUCUUUCGUGGUAUUAUAGUCCUUGAGAUGUUGCGAACGAGCCUCUGCAUUUUGCAAGGGAGCUGGUUUUGGCAGAUUGGAUUUGUACUUUAUCCUCCAAGUGGGAGUCCAGAGUGGAACCAAAUGGAUCACAAUAAUGUGAUGUUCCUUACAAUGUGCUAUUGUUGGCAUUAUGCAUUUGCACUUCUUAUAAUGGCUGUGAAUUAUGCUGUGGUCAGCUGGGUUAUUCGUUCAAAAAUGAAACAGGCCCCAGCCAUGGAAAUUGGAUUACUGAAAAUGUCUGAACGUGACCAAGAGUCAGAAGAUGAGAUCUAGUUCAGUAUAUCUGUUUUUUAUAGCUGUACUUUCUUCACCAUUAAGCUGAGUUGGCACUCUACACCACCCGAUUUUGGCUCACACCAUUCGGGCAUAUACCUUCUAUUGUGUGUAUGUAAUUCCACCACAUUGUGGUGCUUUGUUUGUCCCAUCCUUGAAGUAGAAAGAAAACGUUCUACUAUUGGAUUGGCCGGUGCUGACAUUGUCAAGUCAAAAUCUGUGCAGGUCACUUGACUGAGAUUGGGGUAAACUGGGAAAUUGACAUGUGGUAUUGAACAAAAACCUGUUCCUGUUGCAGAAGAGCAAUUGAAUACCUCUUAAAACCACACAGAUGAUUGGUAAACUGUACAUAUCUGUUUUGAAGUAUGCUGAAAACUGUUUCCUUGUUCAGCUUUCAGACUGUAUAUGUUGCAAAUGUUUCCCUUGCAGCUUUAUUACCUUAUCCUGUUUUAUUUAUUACCGUAUGUCCUCUAACUGCACAAAGAGAAGAAAAAGCCAGUUGUAGAACCUCUGCAUUAAUACAGUAUAAUACAUUAUAAUUCUGAUUUUUUGGAUAACUUAGGGCUGUGUGAGUCUUGCUACUCAUCUGCAGCAGAUUCAUUUACAUGUCUGUAAAAAUGACCUUUAUGUAAACAAACCAACAAAAGGUAUUGCAUACUUAAUUUAGAUGUCUGCAGGCAUCUUCUGCUCUGAAGCCAUUCUGUAUACAAUGGGUAGAAUGCUGAAUUCAAAUUUCCAGAUGUCCAAAGUUUGGGAAAGGCUUCAUGGUAGCAUAUAGAAGAUCUCUGGCAUCUCCAGUUAAAAGGAUCAGGGUUUACUUUAGGUGAUAUGAAAGACUUUCUUCUGAGACACUGGAGAGCGAGGGCCAGUCAAGGGAGAUGGUGCUGGCCUUGAUAGACCAGUGGGUCUGACUCAGUAUAAGACAGCUUUGUGUGUUCAUGUGAAGCAUCAUCUGAAGUGGCCUUAUUUGUAUAAUAAAAUAAAUGGUUGCAAAACUGCAUUCAAAAUCUA